GAGCUUUCGGAUCAAGAGGAAACUCGAGCUGGCGGUGAUGCUUGCAGGAGUACGACACGGCGGGAGCAGGGCUCCAGCGGUUUGGGCCACUACGCUGGGUGGCUGGAUGAGAUGGACGGUGAGAUCGGCAUCCUGGCAAACAACGACCUACCCAUCAUCGGGAUGCUGGGGCCUUGUGACGGCGCCGACGAGGUCGAGGAUACAAGAGCAGGCAGCUUGGAGUACCGAGCCCCCACCGCUCGCGCCAAGGAAGAGGCCAGGGAGUACAUCGAACUCGCUCGACAAGGGGGCCCAGGCUCGCCGAAAGAGUGGGCCGAGCUAUGCCGGAAAGGUGGGGAGCUCGUCAAGGAGGCGGGAUCAGUGAAGCUAGCUGCCGAAAGCCUUUGGGAAGUUCGGGAGGAGCAGGGCUGGAAUCACCUUUGUGGAGUUGCCAACCCAUACCUCGACACCAUCUUGCACCCCGACCUUCUGGAGUACCUCCGUGACGUGCGCCAACGCGGUCUGGCAGCUCGCUAUGUGGGAAAGCGAGAGCGAUGCAGCGCAAAGAUCCACCCGAACGGCCGCCGUAACCUGGGCCAGGUGUACCGUCAGAUCUGGAAAGAUAUGGUUAAGCUUCGGGUGUUGGUGGUUCCCUCGAACCUGGAGGAGAUGGGGCCUGUGAUUUCGAGCCCGUUUGAUGCUGUCGACAAGAUGCUUCCCGACCGCUCAGUGGCACCGGACAAGAGGAUCGUGCAUGACCAGAGGGUGAUCAACUGCGGCACCGACAAGGAGUGGCAUCCCCCCGCCAUUCAACCGAAGCACGAGCAGGUGGCUCGGUUGAUUCUUCAUGCAAAGGCCCAUCUGCCAAACACGGAGAUUUUGAUGAGCAAGAAGGAUGUGGCAGGAGCGUUUCGACUGCUGUGGGUGGACCCACACGACGCCGACCUGUUUGCCGGUGAUUUGCCGUGGGUGCCUGAGGAGAUGGAGAAGGGUGAAGAGACCGCGGAGGGCGUCGACAUGACGGUGGUGUACCUCGUGAAUCUAAGCUGGGCCUUCCAAAGUCGCAUCCUGGUCGACGACAAUGUGCUGAUCGAGCCGUGGGUGGGCCUUCGGCCGUGGGUCGCAGGCGAAGUCUACGAGGCUGGCGUCACCACCCUCCUUGGCAAGGCCGCUGUGAACCGAGACAAGGACAUGAUCGAGGGGCCCUUCCGCACGUUCCAGACCGUUUGGGGGUUGGACAUGGAGACGGCCUCCGAGGAGAUUCACCUUCCAGAGCGGCGCAUCCUCAAAGGCGCCAACCUGCUGUGCGAGCCGGCCUUCGAGUACGGGAGCAAAGACAUCACGGUUCGGGCCAUCCAACGUUUUCGGGGCAUCGCCACCGGAUGGACGGUCAUCGUUCGGGGACUCAAGAACGAGCUGAAGGCGGCGGACCGUUUUCUGGGUUUGGAGCAUGAUGGGAGUGCCAAGGCGCGCCCAAAGGUUCGGCCGACGAGGAGGAGGCCGAGGGCGUGGCGCGAUUUAUGGGAGCUCUUCGAGGAGGUUCGGUGGCUUUGCGCCAGGCCCGAUACCUGGCCUACCAAGUUCGGUGCGAGUUUGCGUGAGCUCCUUCCAGUCCGAGAGCGCUUGGCACUUGCUGGCGAGUGGGAGGCCGGGACGGUGUUCGUCUCUUCGGACGCAACCAAAACGGUGAUCGGCGCCAUCGACUGGACCAAUGGUUUGGUGAUGAGGAUGCCGGACGAGGUCGCGAUCCACGUGGCGGAGAUGCUGUCCUUCCUGGCCUUUGCAUGUCACGUGGGCCAUCUAUGGAGUGGCAAAGCGGUUCUCUACGGUGGGGACAAUCAGAUUGUUCGCAGCUGGAUUGGGGAACGCAAGGCAGGAACGGCGGUGGGUCGGCUGUUGGUCCGGAUCGUCAACCUUCUCGAAAUGCGCUUCAGGUUUGCGCUGAUCCCGGCCUGGUGGAGGACGUAUCACAACGUGCACGCCGACUAUGUCACCCGUUGUACCGAGGGGGAGUUCCAAGAGUUGGUGGAGCACCAGAAGUGGACGAUCGUGGACGUACGGGACUCUCUGCGCCAGGCGGCUAUCGACUCCGAGCGUUUUGGCCCGUGCUUGCUGGCUUGGGGCGAUGAGGACAGGCAGGUCUUGAUGCAGCUCAAGGAGAGGCGCCUGAGCAGGUCGGUGCCGCAUGCCCUACGUCCCGAUUGGAAUCAGCUGCGCUUUGUGGAGUUGUGUGGUCCAAGCCGCUUGGUUACCGACUUUGUCGAUGCUGUGGAGGCGGCUGGCAGCAAGGCCCGAAGGGCCGCUUUGUGGGGGCCCGUGGAGCCGGGCGAGAUCGUGAUGACCUCGCUCCCACCGGAUGUGCACGGGAAGGUCGUUGAGGCGGUCUUCAAGGCGAGUGUGGAUGGCGAGGCGCUGCUGCUUGUGAUGGAGGGACCCCGAGGCGUAGCUUGGGAUCGUGCAUUAACUUUGGCGGAGCGCGCCGGCUGGAGUGCGGAGCUCUGCGAGUAUGUGACCACGGAGUUCGGCGAGGUGGCCGCGCGAAGGAGAAGGUGCAUCGUGGCGUCGGCCCAAGUCGAGGUGAAGGGAAGCUUUGGCGCUACAACCUGCCGAUCGAAGCAUCCUGGGGCCCCCCAUGAGCGCCAAGUUGAACGCCACCCGGAACGGACACUUCUGGGAGAAUGGGGCAAGGGCAAACUUGGUGAGCACUGGCGGGCCGCUGCGGUGGAGGUGUGGGCGUGCCAAGGCCGGUCCAUGGAGCACUGGGGCCAGCUUGUGGAGGAAGGGGUCGAGCCCGAUACCAUCUUGAUUGAGGGGGCGCGGGCUACCGGUGCCCAGACUGCUUCAGCGCUGUCGCUCAUGGCUGCUUAUUUGUGUGGAGCAAGCACGCGCGCCGGUGCCGCCUGGGACAGUGUCGAUGAUGCCAACAUGACAAAGUUGCUGCGAUGGCUACGCCAAUGGAAACGAGGGCUCUUCCCUCGAGCGGAUGAGGAGUCAAUGGGUCGCCGAGCAGGUGGAGGCAACGACGAGGACGAGGAAGCCGGGCGGUGCGAAGAACUACUUGCGGCACAAAGCCCCCCUCUUCUACCCGAGGGACCUGUCCUUCCUCUUCCUACAGAGGCCCAUCAUGUACACGAUCCAGAACUACGAGCCGGGCAAGUGUGGCACUGGGGGGAAGCACUUUGGCUGUCCGAUUCCAGCGAUGCCGAGGGCGAGGGGGACGACCUACGCAGUGCCCGACACGCAGCCGGGGCCUCACGACGGCGAAGCGAAAGGGCGACCGUCGCCCAAGGGGAGGCCCAGGUUGCGGACGUCCCAGAUCAGGUGAGGCCCUUCAAUGGUGAUGUGGGGAUGUGCGUCGAUGAAUGGGUCGACGAAAACCUGUGUGGCUACCUCGCCGAGAGCACGACCAAGCAGUACGCGGGUGUCUAUGGCAAGUGGAAGGCGUGGGCGCGUCGCCAAGGAUGGGCGACGGAGUUUCUCGACAAGUCGGUGGCCACGGAGGAGAACGAGAACAAACUUUUGGGCUUCUUGGGCUACUUGGGGUGGCUUGGGGCCUCUCCGGCCACUUUGAAGCAGGCGGUGUUCGCGAUCAAGGAUGGACACAAGCGACAUGGCCAAGGCGACCCGACGGACAAGAUGUUUCGGCUGUGGAUGCUCUUGGGCGCCUUGGACAAGCGGACCCCGAAGAAACCCCGGCGACUAGGGGUGACUCCGGAAAUGCUCCGGUGGAUCACCGCAACCCUCGACACCAAGGAGUGCGGGAGUGCCCAGGAGAAGUUUGAUGCUUUGAUGCUCAAAGCAGCGGUGCUCAUGGCAUGGUUCUUUAUGCUCCGGGCCAAGGAAUACUGCGAGUCCGACGGCGUGGACUAUGCCAUGGUGCUCCGUGGGGCGGACAUCAAGUUCCUCGAUAGCGACCCCAAGGAGGGCCGCAAGGGUGUGACGAUGCAGUUCCGCAAGACCAAGACGGAUCAGGAGGCCUACGGCACGUUUGUGCGUGGUCGCAGCCCUCCUCGAGUACCAGAACAUGGCACCAAGACGUUUUGGGACUGGACCAGAGGCGCUGCAACCUUUGUUUCGAUGGUCAGGGGGUCAGAUGCUCAAGAGUUGCUGCAGCGAGCGGCACAGGGCAUCGGACUCCCCCCGGAGCGCUUUCGAUCCCACUCCCUGCGCAUCGGCGGGGCCUCAGCACUCUUCCAGGCGACGGGGGAGAUCGAGCUGGUGAAGCGUACAGGGAGAUGGUCUUCGUCAGCCGUUCAGAGGUACCUACAUGACGGUGAAGUCGCCUUGAAAGGCGUUGCAUCAAAGAUGGCUUCGGUCGAGCAGAAGAUCCACUACACAUGA